AUUCAACCCCCAUAUAUAAUAAUAUACAUCCCGAAGCUCUACUCAUCGGAUCGCAAUCUCUUUCAAAUUCUUACCCCUCAAUCGCUCCUCUCCUCAUCAUAUUAUCUCUCUUCAGGAUAUAUAUUAUUGAAAGCAAGGUUAAGUAGUAUUUGCUACAAUGGCAACUUUGGAUAUGUCGCUUGAUGAUAUGAUUAAGAGCAGGCGUGCUAGUGAUAGAGGCAGAGGACGUGGCAGGGGACGUGGAGGUGGUGGCCGAGGUCGUGGAAGGCCGAUUGGUGGUGGAAGACCAACAGGGCCACCUCGCAGAGGUCCCCUUGCGGUGAAUGCUCGGACAUCAGCUUAUACUAUUGCCAAGUCUUUCCGCAGACCAAAGAGUUUUCCUUGGCAGCGCGAUUUGCUUGAAGAAAGUCUAAAAGCAGCAGGUUUACCGGGAAUUGAUAAUGGUGGAAAAUUAAAUAUCUCCAACUUGGACAUUGGAGUGACAAAUGAAGAUAUUAGGGAGCUUUUUUCUGAAAUUGGGGAGCUGAAAAGAUAUGCAAUUCACUAUGACAAGCAUGGUCGUCCAAGUGGUUCAGCUGAAGUCUUGUAUGCUCGUAGAAGUGAUGCAUUUCAGGCACUUAAGCGAUAUAACAAUGUACAAUUGGACGGAAAGCCUAUGAAGAUUCAAAUUGAAGGUUCCAACCCAACUGGUCCUGUGUCUGCUCGUGUGAAUGUUGUUGGAGGUCUAAAUGGGCAGAGGACAGUUGUGAUGACUCCAGGAGUUGGUCGUGGAAGAGGAGCUGCUGUAGGUAGUCGCUCAUUUGGGCAGACAAACCGUGGAGGUAUAAGGAAUGGUGGCCGUGGCAGUACGACAAACGUGCGUGGCAUUGGUCGUGGUCGCGGGCGUGGCCGAGGACAAAGUGUUGGUCGGGGUCGUGGUCGAGGGAGGAAGCCAGCCAUGGACAAGUCUGCUGAUGAACUUGAUAAAGAUUUGGAGAACUACCAUGCCAUGCAGACCUAGAUGCCUACUUAUUGGACAUUGGAAAUUCUGGAAACAAACAUUUGAAGCCUGUAGCGACAUAUUAAUUGUACAUAGAACUUCUUGGGUGGUGGUACUAUGUUGAGUAAGCUUGAUUGCAUUUUUCUAUAGGUGGAUUUGUGUUAGUGUUUUUGAUAUGUUUUUCUUCAAGAGAGAUAAUUCAUAUUAAAUGGUUCUAGAUUCUGUUUAUUCAA